CCUGCAACAUCCUAGUCGACGACGUGUCCGGCCUGUACACCCUGCGGAACCACGGGCGUCGCUCCAACUGCUCCAUCACCACCAUCUUCCCGGCCUCCGUGUCCAUCGCCCAGAUCGCCGUCGGGAUCAAGGGCUCGCUGGUGCCGAACAGGGCCAUCGAGACGGGCGUGCUCAGCAGGUGCGAGAAACGUGGAUCCAGGGACUACGUGCAGAUAGGAGGAGCCCAGGGGUUGGACGUCACCAAGCUGGAGGUCGAGGACUCGGUGUGCGGACUUGACUCCAACCCGCGUCUGCCAGCGUCACACAUCCUCUGCGGCAUGACCACCGUCCGCAUGGUUUCUUCAGGGCUAACUGACAACUCCAUCACUCUUGCCAUCUCGCAGAUCUCCGAUUUUGAUAUCAUGCCAACACUGAUGUGUGACCUACCUCUGUAAGCCCGUGAGUCGCCUCCCCUCAGAGGUCCUUCAGAAGACAUCCGAACCGAAGCUCUCAUUUCCACCCGCCCCCCUCAUCUCCUCGCCAGAAGAUGCUCGUCCACUUC